AUGUUAUCUUUUAAUGAAUUAAAAUUAGGUAAAAAAUUUAAAUUUAUCUUGUAUGAAUUAAAUUCAUCAAAAACUGAAAUUGUUGUUAAAGAAACUUCAACUUCCAAGGAUUAUGAUGAAUUUUUAGGUAAAUUACCAGAAAAUGAUUCACUUUAUGCAGUUUAUGAUUUUGAAUAUGAAAGUGGUGAAGGUUUAAGAUCCAAGAUUAUCUUUUUCGCUUGGUCUCCAGAUACUGCACCAAUUAGAUCCAAAAUGGUUUAUGCUUCAUCAAAAGAUGCUUUAAGAAAAGCUUUAAAUGGUGUUGCUGCUGAUAUUCAAGGUACUGAUUAUAGUGAAGUUAGUUAUGAAACCAUUUUAAAGAAAGUUAGUAGUUCUGUAUAA